AUGAACACCAUGGGCAUUGCCCUGAAGGUCCACGCUGGGGCCAAGUUGACGAUCCGCGCGCCGACAGUCGUGAUGAAGAGGAGGGAGAUGGACAACCAACCCAUCCUUCGGGUCUUCGGGAACGUCCAAUUUGACGUGACCAGGUGGCUCCCCGAGCACCUCGAUGGCACGCUGAUGGACGAGCACGGGGUUGUGGCCUUCGAGGGCCAAGGGUCCCUAGAAUCUCGAAACACCAUUAGGUACACGGCCACGUCUGUCGUGGUGGCCGACCCUGCGGCCGCAGACCAGAAGGAGGCCGACCUUACGGCGUCGAGUAUGCCUACCGACCCUGAGCUUCGCAGGAAGCUAGACAUCCGCCACGCCAAGAGCAACAGGGAACGCGACUCCGCCGCCGCCACUGCUAAGGGCAUGUCGACGACCAACACCGUCCCUACCGCUACCGUCGGAGAAGUCGCCGACGACAAGUCCUCCUCCUCCGCCACCGCCCCUAACCGCGCCGCCGCGUUCUCCACUGUUGUUGCUGCUGCUCCCGACGAGGGCGAUGAUGGCGACAACACCGCGGCUGCCCCCAAGGCCACACCGGCCUCAUCUACUCAUGCUACUGCCACCGCUACACCUGCAACGCCUACGGCAGAAACUGCUGCCAACCCGACCACUCGGGCGGACGUUGCAACAACCUCGCUUCCGGUGCGUCGAUAUACUGCUGCCAACCGGAGCACUCGGGCGGACGUUGGCAACAACCCCGCUUCCGGUGCGUCGAUGGCCGAGUUCAUGACGGGCAAGGCCCGUCAAGCUCGCGCCGUCAACGACCACGGCAAGAAGGUCGUCGCCGGUGGCGGGGGCGAGGGUUCUUCACCGAUUCCCGUUUCGAGUUCUUGGACCACCAAGAAGAAGGCACACCAGCACAGGCAGCAGCAGAAGGACCGGCACCACAGCAACAGCAACGGCAGCAGCGGCGCCAACAGCAACAACAACAACAACAACAACAACAACCACAACAACAACAACAACAACCACAACAACAACAACAACAACAACAACAACAACAACAACAACAACAACAACAACAACAACAACAACAACAACAACAACAACAACAACAACAGCAACAACAACAACCGCAACCGCAACCGCAACGGCAACUCGUUCUCCCCGCCUAAUGAGUUCCACGACGAGAACGUCUUGCGGGCCGAAAGAUUUCUGUUCGGGAAACUAGUGGGCCCGACCAAGAAGGCCAUGAUUUACGUCUCGCCCAACUCCGGCUCCGUCGUGCACGCCUCGUCCGCCGGAGAGGCGCCCCGGGACGAGGACGGGCGAAAGAUCGGUCCCGUACCGCAGAAGCUUAUGACUGUUUUCGCCCCCAACGAGCAGCAGAUGUCCAAGAUCGAGAGGAACCGUUCCGAAAUCUGGGCGCAGAGGUUGGGGAGAAGUGAGGCUUUGCGCGAGGGCCGCGAACUAAAGAGGUCAAAGAUGGCCGCCAUCAUGGGCGUUUUGCCGUUUGGCAAGAACGGCUUCCGCCGGAGGCGAGCGCGGGAGCACGCGGAGGCCCACUUGAUGGAGGCCACGCUGAAGCUCACCAACAGGGGAACCUUGGUACGUUGGAGGGCAGCAAAGAGUCUCAAGCUGUGGAGUGUCAGGGUUUUCUGGUAG